UUUAGCCCGAACGGGGGGCGCAGCCAGAGCGACGGAGCCUGCAAGAUCCCGCAUGGCCGGAUUGCGGCUGAGCCGGGUUGGGGCGCCGCUCGUGGUCGCCCUCCGGGGCGGCGCCGCGGCAGUCGUCUGGACGCUCGGCGGGGACGUCUGGGCGCGGCUCGUGCACGCCGACGGCUCUUGCUCGCCGGCGGCUCGGGCGAGCGGCGCUGGCAACUUCGACCGUGCAGAGGCGAAGGUCACAGCGAGCCCGGUGGACGGGAGCUUCGUGGUGGUCUGGAGCAGCUGGGGCCAGGACGGGGACGGCUGGGGCGUCUUCGCCCGGCCGUUCGACGACCGUGGGCGCCCAGCUGGCGAGGAACGCCAGGUGAACCAAGCCUGGGAGCACUUCCAGUGGCAGCCGCAGCUCACCUGGUGUGGCGAUUCAUUGUGGGCAAUGUGGUCGAGUGGCACUGGCGGACGCUGCCAUGGCAUCACAGGC